UGAUAAAAAUGUGCUCUUUACCAUCCGUCUGCUGUUUUCUGAAAGGAUCCUUCUGGGGAUGUUUUAGGGACCAGAAAACUAUUAUUUUGGGAUUGGUCAGAGGAAAUAUUUCAUCGGUGGAUUAAAUUCUUUACUCCCCUGGGCUCUUGCCAGUGUUCCCAGAAAAUAUUUGAGUUUUAAUUUGAGGCUUCUUUUUGGACAUCUUUACAAAUGAUUUAAUGUUGUGAUGCAGAAUGACUAAAUUAUUCUGAUCACAACAAUGUCAAGCUGUUAUCUGGCUUUGUGUGAUUCACUUUAAAAUCAAAACCUUUUCCAUCAUCAUCUCUCGGCUGGACAAACCAGCACCCAGCCUUUAGUCAGCAUGACUUCUGGCAGCAUCGACUCCAACCAGCCGAUGACACAAAGCGACAUGAGGCCCCGGGUGAUGGGUUUGAUCCUGAGCAUUGCCUCCUGCCUCAUCAUCUCCAUCAACCUGCUGGUGGCAGCUGCAUUGCUGAAGCUGCUGCUGAAGAAGAGCAGCCAAAGCUGGUGUUUCGUCCUCAACUUGGCUCUGGCUGACAUUCUGGUGGGAGUGGGCAUCACUGGCCUAGCCGUAGAGGACUUCAACAACAACAACGCUGUUCUGAACCAACACAGCCACACGGCUGCUCAUCUUCUCAUAAAACCGACGCCUCCUCCUAUUAUUCAGGGUAAAACACGCUGCUUGCUGCGCAUGGCCUUUGUGACAUCACCCUGCACGGCAUCCAUCAUGUCCAUGUUUCUGAUCUCACUUGACCGCUAUGCAGCCAUCAAGAUGCCGCUGCGUUACUCGCUGCUGUCGGGGAAGUGGACAGCAGCCUGGUCCCUGCUGGCUGUGUGGGUCAGCUCCAUCACUAUGGGGUUUUUACCAGUCGUAGUGCAGCAGCUGCAGGCGAGGAAAGCCUACGACGGUUUCUGUGCCUUCUUCUCUGUCAUGCACGAGAUCGGCAUCGUCGUGGCGUACUGCGUGCUGUUUUUCCCUGUUCUCUCCUUGUUCAUCUACAUGUACCUGGACAUCCUCAAGAUCGCCUGCAGCCACCAGAAGCAGAUCUCCCAAGUCAGGCACUCCAGGAGUGCUGACCACCAUUACGGACAUCACCACCCCCAGCAUCAGCAGCUAAGGAGUGGGAACUGGAGUCAUGUGAAGGCCCUGAGGACUGUGGCGUUACUCAUUGGCUGCUUCUUAGUGCUCUGGUGCCCCUUUUUUGUGGUGUGCAUUGCGCACAUUCUGUGUGAAAGCUGUGGACUCAAAGAGGUUCUAGAGAACUACCUGUGGCUGCUGGGCCUCUCCAACUCACUCAUCAACCCCCUGGUUUAUGCCUUCUGGCAAAAAGAGGUACGACUGCAGUUAGCGGCCAUGUUUUUCUGCAUCACAAGCAGGUUAGCCGGACCUGGAGGUAUCUCUGAAAGAUGCCACCCACUGCCUCAGGUGCAGACUCAAACCUGUGUUCCUGCUGGAGAUGCUCCCAGCCCGUCAUUGUUAGACCCUGUCAGCAGGUAUCAGGCUCACGUUCUGUCUGCCACAACCAGUUUGUGAGAGGAACAAAAAUAUAAAAUGUAAAUGAAUCUCAGCAACAAAGCCUUGACUGAACCUCCAGACUGGCUCACUGAACUGGUGUUUGGAAGCAGAAAUAUUACCAGUAAAUAUGAUGCUGUCUCUGCAAGUCCUGGAACCACAGUAGUGAAGUCAGAACUUU